AAAUGUACCAAGCCCUGUGAGUGCCCCCUCUGAGUCAAGAGGCGAGAGUCGAGACGGGUGGUGGCAAACUGCAGUCUUAACGACCGAAGAUGUAUGGAUGCAUGCUACAAAUAAUCGUCGACAACGAUCUAAUGGCUGGGUCGUCUUCGUUACUCAUGCGCUCGCCUUUACACCUCCCCCUUUUUUUUGGCUUUCUUUCUAGUUUUUCUGGUUCGCUACAUUUUCCAUUAGUGAAGAAGCCCCUUGAAUUUAGGAACAUCGCCCAUUGGCUCCGUCCCCUCAAUAUCCUCUUGCUUAGUUGUCCAUCCUUCUUCGGUCAAACUUGUAUUGCUUAGAUCCCUCAGUUUUCCUUCAUGAAGGAGGUCCUGGAGUCCUUCCUAACUACCAUUUCGAAUUAAGAUACCAUCAUUCUGGCACUCAACUCUUCCCAUUAUUCCCUUAUUAUCACAGUCCUAGGAAAUCUUCGGCAAUCAUUGACGACGGAAAUUGAACACCAAGAGUCACCGAAGCUUUUCCUAUUUACCUCAGUCUAGCGCUGGACAGUGAAGUGACCUCAAAGCAAGCGAGGUGGGAUCCAUCAAUCGUAAAUUCAGCUCAGCCAAAAAAAAAAAAAAGAUAAAGAAGAAGAGAAACCAGCAUGGCCGAGAAGUCUACCUCGACGCCACCCUCGAAACUCCAAGCCACCAGUGCCCGACUGCAAACCAGCAUUCGCAGGGAGCCAUUAGCAGCCUUCAGAGUGUUUUUCUUUGUCCUAAUCUGGACGCUAGCCCUAGCGAAUGUGGUGAUUGUAGUUCAAGAAUUCCAGGACUCGCUCCCAUUUAUAAUCGGCGUAGGCGGGCGCAGACGGAUAGGGAUCGAGGACUCUAGACGGCAAGCUUUGCCCGUCAUCAUCGCGCCUUGUGUCACCCUCAUCAUCCUCAUCCCGAUCGCCGUCGGACUUCCCCUGUUCGGGAUCGCUGGCUUCUUGUCUCGAUACAUCAUCGAAGCACUAUGGACUGGCUUGAUUGUAGUGUUAACCUUAGCUGGCGCUGCGUCUCUCUCUCCGCAACCAACUUCACCCUUACUACCCAGAACACUCCAAUACAAUCUUUCUCUUGUUCUUGCUCUCUCCUUCUUCAUCGUGAUUUUCCUCAGCUUUUACAACAUCAUUCUACUAUGUCGGAUCAGUUUCUUGCUUGGGAAGGGCAUCCCGAAUCCGCUCCACGCACCGGUGCCAUCCUUAUUAUUUAGAAUGAAAACCCAAGACAGUCAAUCGGGAGACGAGCAAUCGGAAAAGGUCGAGGAUCAAACCCAACAGGCAACUCCUGCCGAAAUCGCGCGGGUCGACGAGAGACUCGAAAACGGAUCUAUCAAGACUCUCAGCUCCGGAUGGGACGACGAGGACGACGGUAAGCCAAACAAGGCCCCCAAAAAUGAAUCCGGCUUCGCAAAAGCAAGAGCAAUGUUUUCUUCUCCAUUGAAGAAUUCUCCUUCAAAAUCUUAGUUCUCAGAAAACAAACAAAGUGACCCCAUCAAUUUAAUCUUUCUACCCCUGUAAAAAUUG